ACAUAUUAGCUCAUUGCAGUAAACAGUGUGGUACGCAUUUAACAACAACGCUGACAUGGUAAAAGCGAAAAAAUUCGUCCUGGAAAAACCAUUCAACGGUUUUCCUAAAGCCAGCGACUUGAAACUGGUAGAAGAGGAAUUACGACCCAUCAAAAAUGGAGAAUUUUUGACAGAGGCGGUUUUUUUGAGUGUGGACCCGUACAUGAGGUCCUUAGCACACGAUGUAGCUAUCGGACAGACAUUCAUAGGCUCUCAAGUGGCAAAAAUAAUAGAAAGUAAGAAUCCCAAGUACCCGGUGGGCAAAUACGUGGUGGGUGAAUUUGGGUGGAGGACUCACACCAUUGCGGACGAAACACCACCACUACCUAAAGGGUACCCCAUCCCAUGGAUCAUUCCAGAUCUGGAGGGGCUGCCGCUUUCCUUGUCCUUAGUAAUUUUGGGCAUGCCUGGCAACACGGCCUACUUCGGCUUCCUGGAAAUCUGCAAACCCCAACCCGGGGAAACCGUGGUGGUGACAGGCGCCGCAGGCGCCGUUGGCAGCAUUGUGGGCCAAAUCGCGAAAAUUAAGGGAUGCAGAGUCAUAGGGGUGGCCGGCUCGGACGACAAGGGCAAAUGGUUAACCCAAGAACUAAAAUUCGACCACUACGUCAACUACAAGGACAAAGAUUUUGAAAAGAAGUUAGCAGAAGCCGCUCCUGAUGGCAUCGACUGCUACUUCGACAACGUGGGUGGAGACCUUGCCAAUAAAAUCAUGAGACAGAUGAACCUGUUUGGAAGGGUGUCUGUGUGUGGGGUUAGUUCAGCCUACAACAACAAAGACGGAGCCAAAGCUGAUGUGGUUCAGUUCGCUGUGCUUUUCAAGCAACUGAAAGUGGAGGGAUUUAUUUUUACGCGAUGGCUGGAUAGGUGGUUUGAGGGUGUUUUGCAAAAUAAACAGUGGAUUAAGGAGGGAAAAUUGGUUUAUAGGGAAAGUGUGAGACAAGGGUUUGAAAACAUGUUCGACGUGUUUGUGGAAGUGCUAAAAGGAGACAAUGUCGGAAAAGCUAUUGUUAAAGUUUGACGAUUUUUUUUAUUGUACUUACAUGAAUCUUUCGUUUUGAAAAAAUUAUUAAAUUUA